ACGAAUAAAACAAAAUAUUUUUAGAAUGUGGAAAACGAUGUCUCCAACUCCAAGAUAUAUUCAUCCAUAUUUGAGCAAUAUUAGGCAGAGUUAAGAGAGAAUUAAACGAGAUGGAUUGGUAGAUAGAAUUAUCCUGAACAUGUAUGUUCCCUCAACUUGCCAGAAUGGGACCAGUCCAAUGUUGUAUAUCAAGUUGUUAUCAGCUUGCAUACUAUUCUUACAAUAUGUAACAGCUGGAAACAUUCCUAUUCAACAAGAGGAAGUGCUUUGUUCACAUCAGUCACCACCGGAAGAUGAAGUGAUUCGUCAUGUCCGCUUAGACACAGAUCACAACGGUCAUAUACAGAAAAGGAGUGUUUUUGAAAACCUUAGGAUUCACCUUCACUAUGACUAUACUGUCAGCCUGUUGUCCUAUAACCAACAACAACUUGUGAAGAGUUUGGUGAAUGAAGCAGUUCAAUACUGGGAGAAAACAUUGAAAGUCCGUAGAGGAGUUCUAGCUGUACGAUUGAACAGACAAUGUACAUCACCAUUAAGUGUGACAUAUGAUCGAGGACAUAGGUUCUGUGAUGGUGGUUGUGCAGCAGUUACUAAGUGUGGGGAUAUCUUAAUUCCAGAAACUCAUCUUGAAAAAUGUUACUAUUUUGAUGGGACAAAGUUCAAAAGUAGUAUGGAUUCAGGACAAGGUGUACAAGACACAGAUUUUCUUCUGUAUGUAGCAGCUGUAUCUACAUCACGUUGUUCCACUGGAAGAACUAUUGCCUACGCUGCCCAUUGUCAACAGGAACAUCUACUUGACAGACCAAUAGCAGGUUAUUUUACUAUCUGUCCAGAAACAAUAUCAACCAGAUCACAGGAUCAUCUCCAGCUAUUAUCAACUAUCAAACAUGAAAUAUUACAUGCACUAGGAUUUACAGCUGGACUUUUUGCAUUCUACAGAGAUGAUAGUGGAAAGCCAUACACUCCAAGGUUUACGUCGUCUAAUUUACCACCAUUUAAUUCUGUUCUUGGUCUUUACCAAUGGAGUCAAAAGAUUGUAAGAAAAGUUGAAAGAAAGGAUUGGAAAGUAGCUAGUGGUUAUGUUUCACAUGCAGUUAAUCUGAUUGUUACACCAAGAGUUGUUGAUGAAGUGAGGAAGCAUUUUAACUGUCCAACUUUAGAAGGGGCAGAACUUGAAAAUCAGGGGUUGAUAGGAACUUAUCUUACUCACUGGGAGAAAAGAAUAUUUGAAAAUGAAGCUAUGACUGGAACAUAUACACAAAAUCCAGUAAUAUCACGUAUUACUUUGGCAUUGAUGGAAGAUACAGGCUGGUAUAGGGCAAAUUACUUUGGAGAGCAGCAUUUAGAUUGGGGUAAAGGGUUAGGUUGUGACUUUGUAAAGAAGAGUUGUUUAGACUGGAUACACACCCAGCGAGCAAGGCAUGGGGACAUUCAUCCAUUCUGUGAUACGGUUCGUCAAGGUGUUUUAAAGACAGAAUGCACAAGAAACCGCAAUGCUGUUGCAUUUUGCAAUUUACAAGAAUUUAACGUAGCUUUACCUGCAGACUAUCGAUAUUUUAGUUCUCUACCUGGUAUUAGUUCAUAUGAUGUCAGCCGUUAUGGAGGAUCAGUUUCAUUAGCAGAUUAUUGCCCUUACCUACAGGAAUUUACAUGGAAAGAUGGUGACAGAACUGUGCGAGAUUCUCGAUGUGCUAUGAAGGAAAAUAAUCCUCACCCAUCUUUAAAUUUUUAUGGUGAAUAUUUUGGCCAAGGAUCUCAAUGUUUCAACCAUGCUAAUUCAUGGAUUAUACAACACUGUAAUUUCUUACAUCCAGUCUCUCAUUCAGGAAGUGGUUGUUACAGUUAUGAUUGUGACAAACAGCAGGGACUUAUUAUCUAUGCCAACGAUCGUUCAUAUCAAUGUCUUAAAGCAGGACAAAAAAUUCACAUAAGUUAUAUUGCAUAUCAAUAUCUUCAUGAUGGUGACAUCAUUUGCCCAUCGUGUACAGAGCUGUGUGAUAUGGCAGGGUUUGUUUGCCCACCAGAACGAGGACCAUAUAAGGUAAUUGGUGAUGCAUUUUUAAGGGUACCCUGUGGUGCAGCUAAAAUUCAUGCAUUUAUUAUAAAUUAUUUUAUGUUUAUUGUAGUUGUGUUUUUUAAUCUACACAUGUGCCAAAGCUAGCAUUUAUUGUAUUUUUUUAUUAUUUUUUAAUCUCACUUUGCUACAGUAUAUUUAUUUUUUUUACAAUUUAUGUUGUUAAAUGUGAUUUUUUAAAUGGCUUAUGAAAAGCUUUUGCUUUUCAAAUAGUUAAAACUUUAUAAAAAAAAAGGAGAUAUUAUAUGAUUGCCAUUGAGACAACUAUCUACCAGAGUUCAGAUGAUGUGGAUUAUAGAUGGCUUUUAUCACCUUUACACUAUUGACUCAGUGACUCUUUAUAUUUAUGUAUUAAUGCUUCAAAAAAGAACAAUUUUAAAAUCACAUAUCAGGCAAGAAAUUAUAAGACUGGCAAAAUUUUCAUUUGUUAUUCUGAUUGGUUAUUUUGUACAAGCUAUUACACAAUCAUUGCCAUGUGCCUACAUCAUGUACAUUGUAUUUGUAUAUAUGUUUGAAUGGCCUUUUAUCAUCUUCAAAUUUGCCUUUAAAAUUAACUAAAAUUGAUGAAAUAAUUGUAUUUAAUUAUUGGUAUUUUAUGCCUUUGCAUAAGUUUGACACAUUGAAUUUCUUUUUUCAGUAAAGGCAUUUCCAUUAAUUUUAGUAAUGAAAACAAUUGAUAUAAUCACUGUCAGAAUAGCCAGAAAUGAUCCUCUAUCAUGUCUAUAAAAAUUGCUACUUAAUUUCCAGUUAGUUGAAGAAUAGGGCACUCCCACCAUAGCUUGAAAAUUUUCUUAAUUUUGAUCAAUUUUAACUGAAAGAUCCUUUUACUUAUUCUGCCAAAUUUAAGGAUAUCGUAUUGUUCUCAGAUCUUUAAAAGUAUAAGGAUAUAUAGAUCCAGAUGAGCAAUUUUAUAGGUCUCAUCUGGUUGAUGUUGUUAUGCAUAGAUCCAGAUUACCAAUUUAGGUUUUUAAAAGCCAUUAGUUUCACUUUUUACCGGUAUGUUAUAAUGUGAGCUAAAUUUCUUAUUCUAUUGUAAUUUUAAUUGAUUUCUUUUUAUGUAAGCAGACUAAAAUAACACCCUUUUGAAUUGUUUAAAAUUUUGUCAUGCAAGGCAUUUUAAAGCUUAUUAUGGAUUUGGUCAUUGUUGAAUGCUGUUCUGUGACAUAUAGUUGGUUUGCAUCCUCAUCAAUUUUUCUCUGGUGGAUAUUUGUCUCAUAGGCAAUUAACUACAUGUCAUUAUGUUUAUAUAACAUUUAUCAUUCAAAAUGAUUUCUAUUACUACUUAUGAAUUGUUGUUGUGACCAUUUAAUUUUAGCCUUGUAUGCUUUUUAAAGGCUUGUUGUUAUUUGUAUGGUUUUA